GGUUCUCAUAUAUUCGCUAAGAAUCCUGGGAUAUAACCGGAAGCUAUUUUGAAGUGUCCUUGUGGUGCUAGCUUGGUUGUGUUUACAGCGUUUAAUCAUGUUUAAGCACAUAAGGACUCUAAGGCAGGUUGCUGCUCGACCUUUUUCUAACAGCGCCUGCAGGCAGGUUGAAAACAAAGUCGCUGCCAAGCAGAAAAUGUUUCAGGAGGACAAUGGCUUGCCUGUUCACUUGAAGGGGGGCACCAAGGAUUCCCUUCUCUUCUCUGCAACAAUGGCCCUCACAGUCUUUGGAACCGGAUAUGUCGUAUACGAGUUGUUUCGAGCAGCGAUGCCCAAGAAGAAUGAAUAAAGUUCCUUCAUCUACGUGUUCAAUUUUCUGUUUUAUAAAACUUUCCGUGUGCACAGCAACAAUAUUUAUUCCUUGUUCUGUGGAUAGCUAAUAUCUAAUAAACAAUUCAUUCUACCUGCAAA